CGCUCCUGAGGGUUAUUGUGCCGCCCACCGCUCUACCAUCCUUAGGUUGGCCGAGAAACGCACCGUUGCCCUACCAAGAAAACAUCAAUCUCCCCUCCUCUUUGAACUGGUGGACCACAUCAUCAUUGUUUCCAACUUCCCCCCGCCUUGUGACGCAGCUAUUCGACGUCGCUUCAUCGUUAUAGACACUGGGAAAGUUUACGGAUGGCUUUCACCGCCCACAACCGCUACAGAAGAUGGACAAGAAGGACAGGUUACCGACCCCGCCGCCUCCUCAUCAAACGGGUCAUCAACAGAAGAAAAAUGCGGUUCCGAAAAAUCAAACGUCGACGAAGAGCCCUCUAUCGCCGAUUAAAGAAGAACCAGGAAUACCACCUUGUCCUCUUCAAAAAAGUCUACAACAUCUCAUUAGAAGGUGUACGAAAUUCCAAAGAUGCCGCGAUGAGGCACGACUUACGAUUAAACCACCUUGGCCCCCAUGACGACCCAAAAUGGAGCAACGUUGUAGACAGAUACAAAUUCGGCAAACCAAUCAAAAUGCUUCGAAAAUAUAAGGUCACCUCCCAGAUCCAAUCACAACUCGUUCAACAAGGAACGGAAGGAAAGUGGGAGAUAAUAAAAGAAGGUAUGUGGAAAGCCAUUGUACCACAUACUACUCCAGUCGUAAAGAUCUACAAUGAUGCCUGUGACAAACAUCAGAAGCUCUCCUACGGAGACCUACAAGAAUUACCCCAAGUCAAGCACCUCAAAGAAAAUAAACCCGCAAGAUUCUGGCACAAGUUCCGAAUACCCUACGUCGAUAUCCGAAAAUUCGCUGGUCAAAGUAACACAGGAUGGAACGACUGGAUCAACCAAAAAAUCGACAUCAACGAGGCCAAAGACGCCCAGACCUUUACGGAUCCCAGUAGAAGAUUUGGAAGCAUUUAUUUCGCACAGCUCGAGACCAAAUUCAAUUUGGGUGACAAGAUAUGCUAUACCAACACCGUUACCAACAUCGAAGUCACCUAUUACUCCUGGUGGAUUUUUAAAGGGCUCCUCGACCUGUAACUGUACCCUGUAUAUUACAAUAAUCUCUGUAAUUAAUUUAAUUUUUGUAAUAUAUUUGGUUAUAAUAAAUCUCCUUUAAUGGAGAAAUGUUUAUGCAA